CAUCCGGGCAGAAUCUGGUGCGGAGAAGGAUCUCGAAAAAUCCAUAGUCAACAACAAGGAAGUCUUUGACUUUCUGGAGAGUGCUGCUCGCAAAUAUGGCAUCGAGUUCUGGAGGCCUGGCUCUGGCAUUAUCCACCAGAUCGUGCUGGAGAACUAUGCUGCACCUGGUAUGCUCAUGCUUGGUACAGACUCGCACACGCCCAAUGCUGGCGGACUUGGCAUGCUCGCCAUUGGUGUCGGUGGUGCUGACGCCGUCGACGCUUUGACUGGUACACCAUGGGAGCUGAAGGCUCCUCAAAUUGUUGGCAUCAAGCUCACCGGCGAGCUCACUGGCUGGGCGACUCCCAAGGAUCUCAUUCUUCAUCUUGCAGGCAAGCUCACGGUUAGGGGCGGUACUGGUCGUAUUCUGGAAUAUUUUGGCCCCGGCGUCUUCAACCAAUCGUGCACUGGUCUUGCGACGGUAGCAAACAUGGGUGCUGAAGUCGGAGCUACUACGUCGACGUUCCCGUACACCGCCGGCAUGCGGUCGUACCUCACAGCUACAGGACGUGCCCCGGUUGCUCGCGCAGCAGAUCAGGCGGCUUCCCGGGGCUUCCUGCAGGCGGACGAGGGUGCUGAGUAUGAUGAACUCAUCGAGAUUAACCUGAGCGAACUGGAACCGAGCAUCAAUGGCCCCUUCACCCCCGAUCUGGCUACGCCUCUCUCCAAGUUCGGACAGUUCAUCAGAGAGCAGGGCUGGAAGGACGAACUCUCGGCUGGACUCAUUGGGUCGUGCACCAACAGCUCAUACCAGGAUAUGACUAGUGUCGCGGACCUCGCUCGGCAGGCUAAACAAGCCGGUCUGAAGGCCAAGGCAAGGCUCAUAUUUACACGAUCACAGAUUCCUUUCCUUUGCACACCAGGUUCAGAGCAGAUUCGUGCGACUAUGGAACGCGAUAAAGUGACGGACGCUCUUGAGGAGGUCGGUGCUACCGUCCUAGCAAACGCAUGCGGGCCUUGCAUCGGUCAGUGGAAGCGCGACGAGAAGCAGGAUGAGGAAAAUGCCAUUUUGACCUCAUUCAACCGGAACUUCAAGUCUCGUAACGACGGCAACUCUAAGACGAUGAACUUCCUCGCCUCUCCUACCGUUGUUACUGCCAUGGCCUUCUCUGGCAAGCUUAGCUUCAACCCCAUAACAGACUCCAUCACUCUCCCUUCUGGCAAACAGUUCAAGUUCCAACCGCCGCGCGGACAGGACCUUCCCUCUACUGGCUUCACUCCCGGUCGCACUGCUUUCUACCCGUCACCGGUGCCUGAGCCCCAGCCCGAGACCGAGGUUGUCAUCCGCAAGGAAUCGCAGCGCCUCGAACUCCUUCAGCCAUUCGAGAGUCAUUUUGGCCCCCACAACCCAAGAGGUCUCGAGCUUCCUACCUGCAAGGUGCUUAUGAGGGUCCGCGGCAAGUGCACAACAGAUCAUAUCUCCGCGGCAGGCCCGUGGCUCAAGUACAAGGGACAUCUCACAAACAUUUCCGAGAACCUCCUGAUCACCGCUGUCAACGACGAAGGCGGAGACGUUAACGUUGCAUUCGACCAUGACCACCCUCCGUCCAAGAGCGAGACAGACACUAUUCCUGGUAUUGCAAGGCGUUUCAAGUCCCGCAACCAGCCAUGGACCCUCGUCGUUGACGACAACUAUGGCGAGGGCAGUGCACGCGAGCACGCUGCGCUCCAGCCUAGAUUCUACGGCGCUGCGAUGAUCAUUGCGCGCUCAUUUGCCCGCAUCCACGAGACGAACCUCAAGAAGCAAGGCAUCCUCCCGCUCUGGUUCGUUGACAAAACAGACUACGCACGCAUCGGCUCCGGAGACGUUCUCGAAACAUACGGUCUCGAAGACCUGCUGAACGGCAAGGGGCAGGCCCAAAUCACCAUCCGCGUGACCAAGCGCAAUGGUGAUAUCUUCGAGAUCCAGACAAGGCACACUAUGUCCAAGGAUCAGCUCAACUGGCUCCGUGCGGGCUCGGCGCUGAACCACAUCCGCUCAAAAAUUCAGCAGGCGUAGAUUUGCAAGAUACGUUUGUGUACCACACUACUGGAUAUUAUGUAGAUGUACGGUAUAGUGAUAUUUGGGUAUAUCAUUAGAAUACGCUACUUUCAGUGAGGGUCCGCCCGAGUGAGCGCAGCUUAGAGCUGUCGCGUGAGAGGAGACCAACUGUAGGAUCACGGAAUGAGUGUAUGGCGGCGCGGGCGACGGUGACGGCGGACGCAGGCAUGCCAGCGAGUUCAGCAACCUUAAGGCCGUGGCUAUCUCUAUUAACACCAGGUUUUAAUCGGUGCGAGUACGCGAAGUAACCGUCCUACGAAA